UUCCUGUGGAGUUGAGCAGGGAAAGGGCUUCAAGUUACUGUGCAAAGGCGGCUUUAGGAUCUCUGCGCUGUCUGUCAACAGGGAAAGGUGUCGAGAUCUUCGUUUCCAGGAGGGAGGGACUUCAAGAAGCCACGUGCCCAGGUCGCGUAGGCGUGGCCUGCAGCGUGGUGAGCGCGUCCCGUGAUUAUUGCUUCAGAGGAGCUGCGCCAUUUCGAAGCCUCUGGUCGUUUGGCGCCCUGACCGUUGACGGGCUGUUCUCCAUGAGGAAGAUGCUGGCAGCUGUGGUGUCCCGCGUGUUGUUCGGAGUUGUCCAGACUCCAGCCUGCCGAGGGCUGCUGGCCUCCCAGAACUUCUCAAACCACGCCACCUGCGACAUUAAGAGAUGUGACCUGUACCGGCUGGACGACGGCCCGGCCACCUCCACGGUGCUCACCCGGGAGGACGCCCUCAAGUACUACCGCGCCAUGCAGGUGGUUCGCCGGAUGGAGCUGAAGGCCGACCAGCUGUACAAGCAGAAGUUCAUCCGUGGCUUCUGCCACCUGUGCGACGGGCAGGAGGCCUGCUGCGUGGGGCUGGAGGCCGCCAUCAACCCCUCGGAUCACGUCAUCACGUCCUACCGCGCUCACGGCCUGUGCUACACGCGCGGCCUGUCGGUCAAGUCCAUCCUGGCGGAGCUGACCGGACGCCUGGGAGGCUGUGCCAAAGGCAAGGGCGGCUCCAUGCACAUGUACGCCAAGAACUUCUAUGGGGGCAACGGCAUUGUCGGGGCCCAGGUUCCCCUGGGAGCCGGGGUUGCUAUGGCCUGUAAGUACCUGGGAACCGGCGAGAUCUGCCUGGCCCUGUAUGGCGAUGGCGCGGCCAACCAGGGCCAGGUGGCCGAGGCUUACAACUUGUCAGCGCUGUGGAAACUGCCUUGCGUCUUCAUCUGCGAGAAUAACCGCUACGGCAUGGGGACGGCGAAUGAAAGGUCGGCGGCCAGCACCGAGUACCACAAGAGAGGCAACUUCAUCCCCGGGCUGCGCGUGAACGGGAUGGAUGUGCUCUGUGUUCGCGAGGCAGUGAGGUUCGCUGCCGACUACUGCCGAUCCGGAAAGGGGCCCAUCGUGAUGGAGCUGCAGACCUACCGUUUUCACGGACACAGUAUGAGCGACCCAGGCAUCAGCUACCGUUCGCGAGAAGAAAUUCACGACAUGAGAAGUAAAAGUGAUCCUGUUGUGCUUCUUCGAGAGCAAAUGAUCAGCAACAACCUCAGCAAUGUGGAAGAACUGAAGGAAAUUGAUACAGAUGUGAAAAGAGAAAUCGAGGAAGCGGCCCAGUUUGCUACAACUGAUCCAGAGCCACCUUUGGAGGAUUUGGCCAAUCACCUCUUCACCACUCAGCCACCUUUUGAAGUUCGCGGUACAAACAAGUGGAUCAAGUACAAAUCUAUCAGUUAGAGAAAGAAUACUUAUAUUCGCAAUGGAGCGUUUAUGCCCAACUUUAGGAAACCUCAGAGUUGUUAAGGAAGAAUAAAUAAAAACCAUUACAGGCAAAAGUCUUGUCAAUUUAUUAAAAUAGGUAACAGAUUAUUAGAGAUUAGAAGUUACACACUUGAUUGAAGAGAAUGUUUAGGUUUA